UCACAUUUGACGAAAUCGACCGUUACAUAAUUUCAAAUCCGAAAGGACCGUUAAAAAGGAGGGCUCCUCUUCAUUCACUCUCCCCAAAUCCCAAAGCUCCAAUGGAGAGCAACAGUUCAAUCAUGGAAUCCAAGCCCUCACACCCACUUCACCAAAUUGCAGAAACCCCAACUCACAAGUUGCUUCUCAAACAAUGGCUGAAAGAAGAAGAACUCAUCCUCAACAGAAUCGCUACCAAAGAAACCCAAAUCGAUUCCGUCCGAAAUGAAAUCACUCAGCUCUACUGCAUUUUCUUCCUGUUCCAUUCGAUUUCCCUUAUGCUUUUAUUCAGUGCUUCCUCCAAAUGGGCUUCGAAAACUGGGCUCUGCCACCGUUCAUGGAUCCCGUCAAUCUGUUCUCUCCUCUGUUCUAUGGGUAUUAUUUGGGCUGUUAGGUACAAGACGGAUACAGAGAGUCACUUAGAGAAACUGUUGGAAAGAGAGAAAGAGGAUGGGAAAUUACUGGCGAAGUGUGUGGAGGAGCUGAAGAGAAAAGGGAUGGAAUUUGAUUUGUUGAAGGAAGUUGAUGCUCUUAGGAGGGCUAAGAGCUUGAGGGUUGAAGCUAAGGUGGUUCGAAAAUGGUCAGCUAGAGACUUUGUGUCUCUGUUUUUCUUCUCUGUUACUUGUCUGGUACUCGCUUUAACCAGGACCAUUUUGUGUAAUUGAUACUUACUACAACUGAAUCGGAAAUUAAUUGUGGGGAAGUUGCAGAAUAUACUCUUCUGCAUUUUAUAUUUUAAUUUGAUUCUUAUUUGGCGAUGAA